CUUGUUUGAAUUGAAUGAACAAUUAAAAAUAACGGCAACGGACGGUGGAUUUAUUUAAUUUUACUUUGUUUUUGUCGUUUAUAUUUGUGAUUAAAUCGUACAUAUUGCGUGUGAAUACAAAAAGUUAAUAUGACAAUGAAGAACGAAGUCCUCGAACUUGAAACUAAAAUAAUAAAUCACGAUGCAUAUGGACAAGCAUACAAAUGGUCUCCCAGAGAUUUUGAAUUGGGCUCGGCGUUAGGACAAGGAAAAUUUGGACAUGUUCAUGUUGCAAGAGAAAAGAAGACUGGAUUUUUGGUAGCAAUCAAGACAUUAUUUAAGUCUCAAAUUGUUAAAUCAAGAUGUGAACGACAGGUGAUGAGAGAGAUUGAGAUACAGUCUCAUUUGAAGCAUCCAAAUAUUUUGCGAUUGCUGACAUGGUUCCACGACGAGAGGCGCAUCUACCUGGUGGUAGAGUUUGCAGCAGGUGGGGAGCUCUAUAAACACCUCACCAACUCACCUAAAGGCAGGUUUCCAGAGGCGCGUGCAGCUAAAUACAUAUAUCAGGUAGCAGAUGCAGUGGAGUACUGCCACCAGCACCAUGUGAUGCAUCGGGACAUUAAGCCAGAGAACAUCCUGGUGGCAUUCAGUGGAGAUCUCAAACUUGCAGACUUUGGCUGGUCUGUACAUGCACCUUCAGAAAGACGCAAGACAAUGUGCGGCACUCUGGACUACUUGCCGCCGGAGAUGAUAAAGCGCGAGGUGUACGACGUGUCGGUGGACCAGUGGUGCCUCGGAGUGCUGCUGUACGAGUUCCUCGUAGGGAAGCCUCCGUUCGAGAGUGAGGGACAGGACAAGACUUACAACAGAAUCCUCACUCUGGACAUGGUCUACCCGGAGUAUGUUCCCGAAGGUGCCAAAGAUCUCAUUUCUAAGCUUCUACGACCGGCCAGCAAAGAAAGGCUACCUUUGUCUGAAGUGAAGAAGCAUUACUGGGUCAAACAGUUAUACAACAACGGGCUAGCAAAUGGAGACUCGUAGUGAACCCAACAGUAUCAUGUUAGUAUUAAUUUACCUAUCAUUACUCAAUCGUGCCAGUUAAAUAUUACAUUUCAAUAGGCAUUUAUUUUUGUAACAAGAUUUGUAAAUAUAUAUUUGAAUGACA